UGAACUUUUCAUUCAUAGAUUUUGCCAAUAGAUCUUGAGAGUCACGUUAUGAUAUGAUGUGUAGAAAAACGCUGGCAAGCUAAGUUUAUUGAGUCGUGGCAAAAGCUUGUGAGUUAAACCGAGAUUUUCUUCACUGUAUACACAACUAAGGUUAUUACCUCAAUCGGUAUGAUUAUGGAAGGCCUGGAUACACUAACGCAGGUCGCUCUUGCUGAUCAGCUCAGCUUUGAUAACUUUCACUCGUCUCCAACUACUUUGAGUAACAUCGGACGAAUACCACCUGAAACUAUGGAUGAUUCUCUUAAUACACCCGUCACUACAUCAUCGGAAACAACAUUUUUUGGUUCUGAUACAUGUGAACCAGUACCCAUAACUGCUACUGCAAACAUUGAAGCUUCAAUAACCAUUCCUGAGAAAACUACUCUGGAUGCAAGUCAACCAAAUAAACCACCAAAUUCAAGUCCUGGUGGUUACACAGCUAUGAUUCGCUAUAAAGGGACACUGGUGACUAAAGCAGUUACACCAACAUCGAGUAGUCAGGACACAAAUUGUACCUUUCAACCAUAUUUUAUCACACCAUUUUUAAGUACAAUACUCAACACAGCCACACCACCUGGAAGUGCAACCCAAGUACAGGGACAGCUUUGUGUCAACAAACUUUGCAAUACAAGUGAUAACCAAGAUUCUUUACAAGAUCAACAAAAUGUAAAAUCUAACACACCACAGCAGCAUCAACAAUGUCAAACACCCAUCCCAAGCUAUACACCAACAUCAGAACAUUCAGAGUCUCCAUCACCAAUUCAGAAUAUAAAUGUAGAUAUGCAAGAUACAUCCAGCUACAGUUCCUCAUUACAUAGUUCAAGUCAAACCCCAGAACCACAGAUUUGUUUACCUAGUACUAUUGUACAAGAGGAUUCUAACCAAAGCCACUCUAUGUCAUCAAAUCCUCCACCUUACUCUGCUGUUUUGUAUGAUAUCCCAAUUCAGAAUUUUCCUCUUAAACAACCACCAUCUUAUUUAAGCUGUAGCCAGCAGUCAAAUUUGACAUCUUUCCAAACAACAUCUAUUAGUAACCCAGUGACACAAACUCUUCUUGCUACCAGCACCAGCAAUGACGAUUUGAACUAUUCUUCCAAGAACCCAAAUUUAAGUACAGAUCUGAAAUGGAGUACACUUCCUGAUUUCCCUUCACUGCAAGUUGCUACUACAGUUGCAAACUCCAUUUUCCCCAUCCAGGGUAUCAAGACAGAGCCAAACACUAGUCUUGAUAAUAAUUUUUCAUUGUCCACAAUCAUGCCCAUUGAAUUACAAGCUACUAUUGCACCUGCACCAACUGCAACAGCAGUUGCUGUUUCAACCCACCACACAAAACCAUCCCCAACAUCAUCAUCAUCAAUGAUGCCACUCAACACAUAUCAACAAACUCAGCAAGUUACUACCACCAACUCUAAUAGUAUUGCUGCUACUACAACAGCAGUUAGCACUGGUCAACUGAAGUUGUACCCAGUUAAACCAAGAAAAUAUCCAAACAGGCCCAGUAAAGUGCCACCACAUGAAAGGCCAUACCCUUGUCCUGUAGAGAUUUGUGAUCGAAGGUUUUCUCGAAGUGAUGAAUUAACCAGACACAUGCGCAUUCAUACAGGUCAAAAACCCUUCCAGUGUCCCAUAUGUACCCGUUCAUUUAGCCGUAGUGAUCAUUUGACUACUCAUGUUCGGACACAUACAGGAGAAAAACCAUUUUCCUGUGAUAUUUGUGGCCGGAAAUUUGCCCGUAGUGAUGAGAAAAAGAGGCAUUUUAAAGUGCAUCUUAAACAGAAGUCAAAGAAAGAAGCUAAAGCAUUAGCAAGUAGUAGCAAUAAUAGCAAUCCCAACACAAAGAUGCCCUCUACAUCUGUUUUAUCAACUGUCUCACCAACUGAUCAACUCUCAUUGAGUAGUACACAUUUACCAACAGUGACCACAGCAUCACUGUGAAAUAUGAACUUUAGUUAAAAAAUAAAUAAAACACAAGAUGACAAAUUCUACUGGAACAUUAUAAAAAAGCAUCUCAUUGAAAUUGACUGUAUAAAUCAGUUUUAAUUAGUAUUGCUUUACUAAUGAAAACUUGAUUGCUAUGUAAAAGAAACAAAAUUUAGAAUAUGAAAAAUAUAAAUUGGAUUUAAUUUUUUAAAUGUGAACAUGAAAUGAGCUCAGCUUAGAAAUAAAUUUAAACAUAUGUAUAUAUAUAUAUAUAUAUAUAUAUAUAUAUAUAUAUAUAUAUAUAUAUAUAUAUAAAGCUGUGCAUUUACAUUUUUUUUUAUAUGUGAGUAGUAACAAGAAGAAACUUUAAAGACUCAUACAAAUGGUGAAAUCCAGGAAGUCCCACUGUGUGGGGCCAAAUCCAAAACUUUAUAUAAUGCACUCACAUACAUAUGUGUGAACGAGUGGCAAAUAUUUUUUUCUGCUUUUUCUUGUUGAAUUUUUUUUUUUAAGACAAAAAUGAUGUCAAAUUUUUAAUACAUUGUGCUUGUGACAAAAACGCAGCAAACAUAAGGCACUAAUUCAGCGUUUGAGAAAUAUAUGGCAAUUUUGUUUCUUUAUAAAUUACAAGAAAUUUAUGUUAUAUAUAUGUAACUAAAUGAAAUAUAUCAACCAUUUCCUACAAGAAAAAACUCCCCACAUUACAGUCUCACUAAUUGUGAAAAACAUUUACAUCAAUCAUAUUCUAUGAAAUUUAAAACCCUUGUAUAAUUGUGUGCAUGCACAAGUGUAUGCGUGUUGCCUAAACAUUUUACAAACCCUAAGGUUAGUGGUCAUGAUCUGCACAAACUACUUAAAAUAGAUCUGUUUGUUAUGCUGGUGAGCAAAGCAGAAAGUCAAUUACAUGUAAUUAAUGCGAUGAGAGUUUAGAUUUACAUGUGAAAUAGUAUUUUAUGCUUAAUUAGAGUAAAAUUUUGCAAAGAGAAAUAAAUAAAUAUAAUGAAAUAAAA